AAUACCCACAGAAAGGAAGAAAUUUCCACCUUCUCUUACAAACACCGAAGAACUGCUCUCAGCAUGGUUGAAUGGACAGAGGCCGAGCGUCGCGCUAUCGAAAGUGUUUGGGAGAAAAUCGAUAUAAAUGUCAUCGGUCCACAGGCUUUAGAAAGUGUUCUGAUUGUCUACCCUUGGACUCAGCGGUAUUUUGGCGCUUUCGGAAAUUUAUCAAGUGUGUCAGCGAUCACCGGCAACCCAAAGGUGGCCAUUCACGGAAAGAUCGUCUUAAAGUCAUUAGGCUUGGGCGUGAAGAAUCUGGACGACAUCAAAAACACUUAUGCUAAACUCAGCGAGCUCCACUCUGAGAAACUUAAUGUUGAUCCUGACAACUUUAGGCUACUAGCAGACUGCAUUACCAUCGUCAUUUCUACCAAAUUAGGUCCCGCCUUCCCUCCCGAAGUCCAAGCCGCAUGGCAGAAGUUCCUGGAUGUCGUGGUCUCCGCUCUUAGUAGAGAAUACCAUUAGAAUAUUACUGUUUGUGGCAAAUAAUCGCCGUGUUUGAUCACAAAAACGAACUUACUGAUAUCUGUCAACAGCUCUAUGUUCAUUCACAUAAAAAUAAACUGCAAUGUAUUUUGUCACGGA